UGGCGCAUUCUCUUUUUAAUGGAAUAAAAUACAAAUUUGCAAGAACUUACAAUACUGAAAAACAGCAAUAGAGAAGAUUUCAUUCAUAUUUUUAAUAAAUGUCAUAUCAAAACAUACAAAAGAAACUCUUACACAGCAGAAUUCUAUUGUCUUCUAUACAAAAGAGAGAGAAAAAGUUGUGUGUCACAAGAAAUGGCGCCCAGAAACACCGUAAUCCAUGAAAAAUGGAUGUUAAUACAGGACAUCAUAGGACCACCCAAGGAAUGGUCCCUCUCUAAGAGGAGAUGGUUUUGGACACCGUGUCUGAAGCAAUGGCAGCGGAUUUUAAUUUCCACAUUUGUGUUCAUUAAUGGAUUAAACCCAUUGAUUUUCAUGGAAUGGGUUACGUUAAUGGGAUUGGCCAGGGAUUCAUCGGCUCUCAACCACUUUAAUGCAUUUUUUUUUUUUUUAAGGUAAGGCUAAUUAAAAGUAAUGCGUUAAAAAUUAUUCGUCUUUACUUUUAUAUCACUAGGCAUUUUCGUACAAAUUUUCACAUUAUUCACAAAUGGUAGAAAUUAGUCUGUAUGCAUGGAACGUUAGUGCUAGACGGUAUGAAUACAUAGACGGUCGUGUCAAAAGAUAGACACCUAUACAACUAAGACAGAACUAUGUAUAUUUUAAGAAUUAAAUUAUAUUUUAACUUUCAGAAUGCGUUAUUGUUUAGCUUUUUCCUUCAGUGGCCGGAAAUUAAAAAAACAUAUUUCGUGCAAUUUUAUUGUCUGACGUCAAUGCUCCACCCCAAACUAUUCAUAUUAAAUUACUUUCAUUCAAUUAUAAAUGUCCAUCCCCCUUAAUCCUACACUGUAUAAAAUGGCCCGUCAUCAGAACAAUCCUCAGUGUGCUCCAGCUCUGCACGUGGACCAUGUCCAAGAAUAGGAAAAGUGGCGGGAGCUACCGCGAUAGGCACACAGAGGACAUCUUGAGCAUGACGCCUGCCAUCUUCGCAAGCCAAGUGUCCGAUUCGCUUACUCUCAUCUACCCCUUGGCAGAUUUAGUCGCGACUGAACUGCCAUCUAAUGGAUCGAGCGAGUUAUCGUUCUUGAGGGAACCAAAUACUAACCAAUCAGAUAACGCGUUAUAAAUUCUGGUACAUGUGUAUGUUUACAAAAUGGAGUUGACGGAUGAAAAGAGAAAACAGAUUGAAGACAGGUUUAGCAUAGAGUGUUUGAGGGGAAAUCAAGUAAAUGGGAUCAAAGCGGUUUGUAAUGGAAAGGAUGUAUUCGUAGGAUUGAAGACGGGUAGCGGGAAAUCUAUGAUUUACGAAAGCAUUCCCGUCAUUUGUCAUGACGCUUGUGUCAUAGUUGUGACAGCCUUUGUUUCCAUAAUGAAAGAACAAACGGAAAGACUCUGCAAGCUAGGUUUCACUUGUACAUAUAUUGGAAAGGACCCAGACGACGAUGAUGUGUUACAGGAAGGGGGAUUUCAGUUUAUUUUUGGCAGUCCGGAGGCACUGGUUGGCGAGAAGAAGUGGAGGGAUAUGGUAUCCAAAUUAAGAGAGAAAAUUAAAGUCAUCGUCGUGGACGAGGCCCACACAGUUGUUCAAUGGGGUGAAGGAAAUGAUCACCAUAAGGCCUUUAGGGAACAUUUCAGUCAAAUAGGAGAGUUGAGAGCAAUUUGCCCAGACGUCCCUAUAGCUGCCUUAACCGCAACAUCAGGUCCUGCACAGCGUCGCAAAAUCACGAGAAGUCUUUGCUUCAGGACAUCUGAAACUGUGAUCAUAUCAGAGUCUCCCGAUAGGAAAAACAUUAAAAUAUCCUCAAUGUGUGUCCCUAACAACAGUGAAAUUGAAGAUGUAAUGGGUUGGUUGUUGAAUGAAUUUGAAAAGAAAAAGGAAACACUUCCAAGACAUAUAAUAUUUUCAGAAUCAAUAAGUGAUGUGUCUAAAAUUUAUGCAAUAUUUAGAAAAAGGAUAGGAAAAAGUGAACAUUAUGAAAUGUUUCAUAGCAAAACUGUAGAAGGCAGAAAAGAAUACAUUAGGUCAGAUAUGACAAAAGAUGGAAACAUUAGAAUUUUGAUAUGUACCAAUUCGGCAGGCAUGGGUGUAAAUUUCUACAAAGUACAUAAUAUUAUUCAUUAUGGCCUCCCAAGAGAAAUGGACACUUUUGUUCAACAGAUGGGUAGGGCAGGCAGGGAUGGAGAAUUUGCGCAUGAACUUAUUAUUUACAAAUUCCACAAGGGACAAUUAAAACGAGUUGAAGAGGAACUUGUUCAAUUGGCUAAAGAUUCAAAGUGUAGACGAGAAAUUUUGUGUUCGUCUUAUGGAUGUAAACUUGAGAAGGUGAUUCCAAUGCAUAUGUGUUGUGAUGUCUGUGAAAAAAGUUGCAAAUGUGAACUUAACUGUACGGACACCCAUCCAGCACUAUUGUUUGAACUGCAAGAAGAAAAAUACGAAUCACAUGAGCCGAGAUGUCAAUUCAGCUGACAGGGUACUAUUAAAGCAGAAACUAGAUGCAUUACAAUUUAAACUGUCAAAUUUUUCAACACUGAUGAAAUCAGAAUUAAUUCACGGUUUGUCUAAUGAUGUUAUACACUAUGUUGUACAGCAUGUUGAUCAAAUUUUUACACCUGAAGAUAUUUUGAAAAACUGUGCUGUAUGGUCAUAUGAUGUUGCUAACCAAAUCUCAAAUGUUAUCAAUGAAAUAUUCGGAGAUGAUGUUAUGUACAGUGUUUUAGAUACUGAAGACGAAGAUGAAGGUAACUAUAAUGAAUGACAUGUAAGUACAUGUAUGUACACGAAUCAAUCUAAUUAAAAUUAGAUCCUAUGAUCCGCUCAUCUACCCAUGUGUAGCGAUAGUAGAUGAGCGGAUCAUAGGAUCUAAUUUUAAUUAGAUUGGUACACAAAUUGUUAUUUAGCACUGUCAGAAAACAUUUUGUUAAUAUGUUAAUGCAAUAAAUUGAGAACUGCUCUUUUUUUUUUUCAUUUCAUUAUGGUUGCUUUGACUUACAUCAAUCUAUACUGCAUAUACAAUGUACAGUAUUUAAAUGGCUUCAUAAGACAGUCUCUCCUUUUGUUUACUUAACCAUUUGUGUAAUUCUGGGAUAUUAAUUCUGGAAAACAGAUCAUUAAAGUUUUUGAAAUUGU